UUUUUCCUCCAUCAGACGCAAUUUAUUUUGGUCGACUCUGACGUCAAGAGAAUACACAUUUCAUUCAACAUGCAAGAAAGGAAGUUAUUUAUAACCCGCAGCAUCUCCAGGUUGUGAUCCUUGAGUGCGCAGUGAAAGGAAUACUCCCCAUUGGACUGAUGUGGUGUGCCUCCAUAACAAAAGCCACGCAGCUCAUGUGCUAUGGUGCCAGAGACGUACGGCACCCUGUGACUUAAACUAGGACGCAUCGAUGGGAAACGGGCACAGCUGAAAAAUAGGGACAUUGCGAAGAACUGCAACAAACUUUAUGUUUUGAAUCAUUAAUUUCCACCGAUUUCCGAUCUUCCCUUCUUAUAUGACAAAGCACCGGGCACUUUGAGCAUGGAAAACCUCUCCCCCGACCAGGGCUGUGAGCUGUAAGUUCAACACUGAGAAGAUCUGUGACUGGCUGGGAGAUGGCAGAUAUACUGGAGCUGCGGACAGAUGGAAACUCACUCCUGAAGGCAGUGUGGCUCAGACGCUUGAGACUCACCAGGCUUCUGUUGGAAGGAGGUGCAUACAUCAAUGAAAGCAAUGAGCGCGGAGAGACGCCACUCAUGGUGGCCUGCAUGUCCACGCACACUGACCAACAAAGUGUCAGCAAAUUGAAGCUGGUGAAAUAUUUGCUGGACAACCAGGCAGACCCCAACAUUCAAGACAAAGCAGGUAGGACACCUCUAAUGCACGCCUGCAUCCACAAGGCUGGUCAUGAGGUGGUGGAUCACCUGUUGAGCAAUGGAGCUGAUCCCAGUCUGGAGGACAGGAGCGGGGCUUCAGCCCUCGUCUAUGCCAUCAAUGCCGAUGACAAAGAGACACUAAAACUGCUCUUGGAUGCAUGCAAAGCUAAAGGCAAGGAGGUCAUCAUAAUCACCACAGACAAAUCACCAUCUGGCACCAAGACUACUAAACAGUACCUAAAUGUUCCCCCAUCACCAGAGCUGGAUGAGAGGUCUUCCCCAGCAUACUGCACCUCUCCGUCUGAUAUCAAUGUUACUGCAUCUCCCACACCCGAGCAAGAGCAGCAAAACACAGUCUUUAGCUUCCAGACAAAGCUAAAAACAUCUAGCUCAGCUGCAAAGCUCGCCAACGGGCCCACGUCUCCGACACGCCGGCCUGCAAACCCCAAACGUGCACGUCUGCCCCAGCUGAAGAGGCUGCAGUCAGAGCCUUGGGGGCUGAUUGCUCCCUCAGUCCUGGCUGCAGCCGCCGCCCAUGAGGAGAGUAAGAAAGCCAGCUCUGAUGAGGAUGUUGUUGCAGGGGUGAAUGGACUCUCACUGAGUAAGAGGUCAGCUUUAUCUCGACAGAAUAGCGUGGACGGAAAGGACAUCUUGUUCCCACCAGUGAGCGAACAACCCUGUAAAAUGACAACCUCACUAUCAGUCCCUCCAACUUCCAAACCAUCAUAUGAGAGAUCUCUAGGACAGCACCAGCCGCUGGCACGGCGCAGUACUGUGCCCACAGAACAGGAGAGCAGCAGCUGCAGCAGUGGACUCGUCAGCCUGAGAGACACAGUGCAUAGGAGACGUCUGGGGAACGAUCACUAUGACUCAGACUCACAGCUCUAUUCAGACUCAGCCAUGUUAGACUCUCCUAAGAUCCCGGUGGAGCGAAGGAAACUAAACACAUCUCCACUCGCGAUGCUGACCAGCUCCAGAGAAUCUCUAGACAGCAAUGCCAGCCCAUCCUCUCCAAGCACAGCAUGCAGGCGUGCACCUGGCCUCCUGGAGAGGAGAGGCUCGGGCACGCUGCUGCUGGACCACAUUUCCCACACCAGGCCCGGCCACCUGCCCCCUCUCAAUGUCAACCCGAACCCACCCAUUCCUGAUAUCGGGGCUAGUAGCAAGCCCUCCUCACCUCUAGCCACAGGUAUUAGGUCUAUAGCUCCAGUAGCACCAAACACACCAAAGAGAGGCGGCCUCAAGUCGAAGAAGAAACUUGUGAGAAGGCACUCUAUGCAAGUGGAGCAGAUGAAACAGCUUUCUGAUUUUGAAGAGCUUGCUCAUUAGUUAGUCAUGGCAUUUAUGCAGCACAUAUUGUGGGGAUAGAAAUGUUAACACCACAACUUGUCAGGAAGUACAUCCAUAGGUUCAGCUGUGUAGACUCACAGCCAUCUAGAUGUUGAAUAAUGUAUAAUUUAAUUAAUAUAUAUAUAGAUAUAUAUAUAGAUAUAUUGAAACUGAGCAAUAUAGAUAGAUUUUCCUCCCUGUGUUACACCCAACCUUAAGGAUUAUUGUCUUUUCUUCACAACAUCUGCUGUAUAUGUAUUACAGUUUUGAAUGUAAAUGCCAAGACAUGGUACUUUUCCUUUGAACUCUUACAUGAUCAUGUGAUGUGUAGGGAACAUACACGGUCCAUUUGUAGCCAGCAGGCCACUUAGGUGCACUUUGUGCAUAUGUAAUUAGCACCAUUAAUGGACUUUCUUUGGAAAAGAAAAAUGUGAUGCACUUGUCUGAGAUGUAGCUUUUUGAGUAAGAUGAAAUUUGACUGUUUGUAGCAAAUUUGUACAAAGUGCCUUCAAGAUAAAGAAACCUAAAAAAAUAAAAAAGAAAAAAAAAAGUGGCCAGAUACAUUUAAUGUAUUAGGAGCAU